UUUUGAUUCGCUCGUAAAUCAAUAACAACGAUUACAGUUAUUCGUGUUUUUCGUAAACAGUGACUUCAUUGCAUUAUAAUUUUGGUGAAAUUUUCGUCAAUAAUUCAAAACGGCAUCCCAAAGAUGAGCUUAAAAAACGACAUCAAAAUCAUGCCCCGCUCGAUGGUCUGCGAGGACAGCAAUCUGCGUGGGGACAUCACCAUCUCCGGCGGGUGCGUUAUCCAUCCCAGCACGACCAUCAUUGCCGAGUCAGGGCCCAUCGUGCUGGGCGAGAACUGCAUCGUGGAGGAGUACGCCACGAUCCUGUACCGGAUUCCGAAGCACCACCCUGCCUAUCAGAGUGUGCUGGACGGAACGGUCAAACCGUUGAUCAUUGGGCCGGACAACAUCUUCGAGGUGGGCAGCACGGUCGAAGCGCUCAAGAUUGGCGAACGGAAUUUGUUCGAGUGCAAGAGCUACGUUUCGGCGGACGUAGUGGUCACGAAUGGGUGUGUGAUUGGGGCCGGAUGCCGGCUGGUGGGAGAGCAGGUCCUGGCGGAGAAGACCAUCGUCCAUGGGAGGCAGUGCCAGAUGCGGGAAGCGAUCGAGAUGCAGAAGACCCAGAUGGUGCAGAUGGAUUAUUUGCGGAAAAUUUUGCCUAACUAUCAUCACCUGAAGAAAGCUACGUACGAUCCGAAGAAGGUUCGGGCGCAAGUUUGAAUUGUUUCCAUCGGAACAAUGAUCAUGAAUUAUUAGAAUUUCAACGUACUUUUAUUUUAUAUUAUGCAUAGGCUAACUUAAGGAAAGAAUCAAAUAUUCGUUUCACUUUAUUCCAACUUAACUGCACAUCAAUAUAUAUUAAUUUCAUCAAAAACUA